UUUUCCAAAAUUUCAUGUCGGUUUUAAUUUCAGUAAUUGCUAUUUCAUCUGCUAUACCAGAACAACAGGUUGCCCAUAAAAUCCCCCAUUGUCCUGUUUAUUCACGCCCGGUAGGUUUAAUUAAAUAUAGAUUACUAGGAGGAUUAAUUGAAUAAACUGAGGAUUUUAGAUGCUGCGACCCAAUGGUGAUGUAAGGAAAUGUUUGCCACAUCAACUGAAUCUAUGUUUAAAUGCGCUAGAGGAUUCUGCAUUGGUUGACUACUUUUGUUGUAUGGAUAUACCGGCCAGAUUAUGCCCUUCCUAUCGAAAUGUUACCGUUGUAAUUCACAACAAUUUUCCUCAGAGUCAAUUCCCCGUAAGAUCAUUUCAUUUUCGAAAGGGUGUUGAAAAAGAAAUAGCCGACGGAAUUCGUGCUGCUGCUGCCAGCCGGAAUUAA